AUGAACCAGCACCGCUCCCACAAUUCCAGCUUUCAACAGCAGCGGCAAACAUGCAAGAGAUGGAGAGAUGAUAAUGAACAAAAUGACAGAAGAUAUAAAUCUUCCAAACCAAACCAUCAGCAACACCAGUCCUGGCUGUCAGCUCGUCCAAUGCCACCGAGCGCUCAGUCUUUGAGCACCAGCAGAGACCUUUACGAAAGAGACUUCCCCCUGUACAAACAGCCUGUCGAAGUGGGCUCCUUUUCUCUGGACUCUGAACGCAGGUUCUUCAAUGACAGGAGGCAGCUGAGGUACUAUGUGGAACCUGAAAAAAGUCCACAUUUUGACCUGCGGGACGGAUAUGUGGACCGUUAUAUAAAAAGGGAUGAAAGUGUGAAGGAAAAGCUGGACCACAUCCUCCGAUGGAUCUUGGCUAAUAGAACGAAGCUCACAGGGAGGUCGGAGGCGUCAUCUUCAUCCGGUUUCGAUGUCGACUUUGUGACGUGGCGAGGCCAUUUGACCAAACUUCUGACCACGCCCUACGAAACACGAGAGGGCUGGUUGCUGGCCGUCACCAAAUUCAAGGGGACCCUUUACAUCAGCGAAGUGGAAACGGAUGCCGCUCGCCGGGAUCGAGAGACUCGCACCGGGAGGCACCAGGAAAUGAUGUAUUGGGGAUACAAAUUUGAGCAGUUUAUGUGCGCAGACAAGAUGGACGGCUCCCCCGAUUCGAGCGGCGUGGUCAACACCAACGAGGCUUUCUGCACCGUGGUCCAAACUCGUCUCUCGGAUCACAGGCUGCUGUUCUCCGGUGAAGUGGACUGCCGGGACAAAGAUCCGAACGCUCCGGCUCCUCCCGCCUGCUACGUGGAGCUCAAGACGUCCGCAGAGAUCUCUACCCCCAAACAGCGGAGCAACUUUUACCGGUUCAAAUUGCUCAAGUGGUGGGCACAGUCCUUCCUCCCCGGAGUCCCACGCGUCGUGGCGGGCUUCCGGGAUGAUGAUGGAGUUGUUAUCUCCGUUGAGACUUUCCACAUCUCCAAGAUUUCGCGGCUGAUCAAGGCCGAGGAUAGGUGUUGGAAGCCGACAGUAUGCAUGAACUUCUGCAGCGACUUCCUGACAUUUGUCAAGUGCGUGGCUACCGAAGACGAUCCCCGUGUGGUGUAUCUGUUCUGCUGGAAUCCUCGCUGUGACGUGACCUACUCGGUCCACAGGGACUCCUCUUAUUCUUUUCUCCCAGACUGGUACGUGAGGGAAAUGAGCUGAAGAUUCUCGCCUGUGAAGUUCCCAGAUACACUCAAUCCAAACUCUAAAUCAAAAUUUUGCUACAUUUUUCUUGUUUUAAUGCAACUCAACGAGGACACACGACGACGAACUUGAACGCAAAGAACGCUAAUUGCAGUAUCAGUGAGCCUUUUGUCUUGCGUCAUCCAAGGAGCUGUCACUAGACAUUCUCCGUAAGACGGCUGGAUAGAUCAAUGGGUUGUGUCAAAUGAUUAAAAAGAUCAUAAAUGUA